AUGUCUUCAACUGAGCUGCCCAAGAUUCCGGAUUUGAAAGUGGAGGACGAUUUCCAAACAUACAAGCUUGGGAGUUUCAAACUCAAGUCUGGUGUAGAGAUUCCAGAUGCAUUUAUUGCGUACAAGACGCUCGGUGAUCCAUCUUCACCUGCCAUCAUCUACCCCACUUGGUAUUCUGGAUCAAUCUCCGACAACCUUUGGCUCACCGGCUCAGACAAGACACUGGAUCCUUCUAAAUUCUACAUCAUUAUCCCGGCACUUUUUGGCAAUGGCCAGUCUUCGUCGCCGUCGAACAUGCCAGAAUUGCGUCCAUUUCCCGACGUCCUAAUUUACGACAAUGUAAGAGCACAGUAUGAGCUUGUGACCAAGCACCUUGGUGUUUCCCAUGCUCGUGCCGUUCUGGGCUGGUCUAUGGGAGCCGGGCAGACAUACCAAUGGCUAACUCAGUACCCCGAUUUCAUGGACAUUGGUGUUCCUUUCUGUGGUGCCGCAAAGACGAGCCUCCACAAUCAGGUUUUCCUUGAGGGUAUCAAGAGCGCCCUCUACGCUGCGAUAGGUACAAGCUCAGCAGGCGUUGCGAAGCCGGACUUGCGCACCGCUGAGAAUGGUGGGCAUUCAGCUUUCACUCCCGACCAAACAAAGAUAGGUCUGAAGGCCCUCGGGCGCGUAUAUGCAUUCUACCGCGAGAGGCUAUACGAGAAGGCGCCGACACUUGGGUUCAAAAACCUAGAUGACUUUCUCGUCAACUUCUGGGAAGCCUGGGCGCUGUCGAAUGACCCGGAAAACAUGCUUGUUAUGACUCAUACAUGGCAAGCCGCGGAUUGUUCGGAGCAAGAGCCGUACAAUGGCGACUUCCGAUCGGCGAUGGAGAGUAUCAAGGCGAAGACCCUAGUGCUCCCAGCAAAGACAGACCUGUAUUUUCCACCAGAAGACUCAGAAAUUGAGGUCCAGAACAUGAAGCCAGGAGUCGGAACGUUCAAGGUCUUCCCGUCUAUUUGGGGACAUUGGGCUGGCGGUCCCGGGCAAUCCACGGAUGAUGUGAAAUGGCUGGACGAGCAUUUGGCGGAGUUCAUUGCUAAGAAUUGA